AUGUAUGGAAUGGCAUACCACCAAGAGGCUCAGAGAAGAUUUCGAGUUAUCGAAAGAAAGCAUCUCGCUUUGGAAAAUCUCAAACGCCAAAAGCUUGCUAGAAUGGUAAGACCUUAAUUUCGAAUUCGAAUUUGCAGUCAUGAAUUUGUUUUCUUCAUGGCUCACCAUUUAUUGCAAAUAAGAAGUUUAUUCUUACGCUGAUACACAUAGUGACUUUUGCGCAACCCGAGUCAGACUGAACUUUUACUGAUUACUUCAACUAUCGGUUACGGAAGAACUAAAAUGUUUGCUCAACACAUUGAAAAGUAAAACAAUAGCUAGAGAAAUGGAUUAUUACAUUUGUUUACUAAACUUUGGAAUGGAGCAGCAUUGCCGAAUUUUUGAAGAAAAGCAUAUUAGUUUAUGGCAUUAUAUGUAGCUUAGCACGCUCUUGGUUGUACACAUUAAAGUAACAAUUUUGGAGCAACCUUAUAUAAAACUUCUGUUCAUGAUAAACAUUUAGUGGGACAUGUAUAUCAUCUAUUACAACAUUUCGUGACUAGGACAACGUCAUUCCACCUUACUAGUACUGGUUAUUUUUGCAUGCUUUCUUCCGCCAAACAUUUAAAGGUGCGGCCUGCACAGCACUCUGAUUAGGGCAAAAAUAAAUAAAUAAAUAAAUAAACCAACCCUUCGCAUUUCACUCCCCCACCGAAGCAGCACCACAGUUCCGUUAGAAAGUAACCCAUUCAUCAAAACGUGAGUGUACUGGCAAGUCAAGAUGAACAAAUAAAUGAGAAAGCAUUCCCUUGAAACUAGAUCUGAUGAAAGAAGCAGAACUACUCUGGGUGUACUUGUGUGUUUGUAAAAAUAGAUAACUAUGACAUUAAAUAGAGCCCUUUGCUUUACCGAUAGCAUAGAUCCAAAUAACGGAUCAGUGUUAAAUUUUCAAGUACAUUCGUACCCCACCCCCCGGGGGGGACUCCACAUAUGAAAGGGGUGGGGAUGCUCGUCUGAAAUUUUGAAUUAAACCCCUAAAGGAGACCGAUCUGGGCGGGGCCCAAGCUUUUUUUGAACCCUAAAAGAGACCAUGGUAAAACACAGAAAAUAUAUAUCUUUCGCGUGCAACCCUAAACGAGACCUUCACGGCUAAAUAUGAUGGCGUUUUGCCGAGAACACCCUAAGUGAGACCACAAUCCGAAAUUUAUACCCCUAAACGACACGACGAGUAUCUCCACCCCUUUCAUAUGGGAAUACCCCCCGGGAUUCGUACCUCUCUUAGAAGGCCACCCAGGGAAAAUAGAUACGUAGCCGUAGUAGGGAGGUUAAACAAGGGUGAAUGUUCCGACAAGAAAAGGAAAAGUGGCUGAAGGUUAUGAAAUAGUCUCUCCACAGACUUUCUUCUUUGUCCGGUAGAGCUCGAGCUAGGGAACGAAAAUAAAAACUGCAAAGGCGUUAUUGAGCGCCACCAUAAUCGAAGGGGUGAAAGCGCUAAAAAGAAAAAUGUUUAUGGAGGCUAGGAGGCCGUUUAUAGGGGUUCAAAUCAGGAGCUAAGAUUUUAAAGAUUUUUUACCGAGAGAUGAUUAGUUUGCAGCAACUGUUGAGAUGAUCUUUGUUUUCAUUCCAGGAAAAAGACACAAGUAAGAGGGAAAACGAAAUGGAAAACAACGAGAAAACAGGGACAAGGGCAGGGACACGCGCGAACACUCGUUCGGAAACACGCAACAUGACGAAGACUGACCCGCGCGCGGCAAACGCGCGUGAAGCGUUCUGGGUUCCAGACAUCUGUAAUACCACUACUGGUAGCACAUACUACCGUGAACUCAUCCCACCGAGACCUGAGCCGCUACAUCAAUGGCGGGAUUUAAAGAACCGAAUCAGACAUGACUACAAUCUUGUACCACUACCUUACAAGAAUGAAGACAUCGUUCAAAGAUGA